AUGGCACCGCCCCAAAAACCGGAAACCUUUAUGCUUUCGACUGAAGCCCAACAAAGUCUGCCGCACGAUGCGCAAGUCGCACUUCAACAAGUGGAUAACCUGAAAUACUUCCUUCUGUCGGCUCCCGUCGAUUGGCAACCGGAUCAGCUUAUUCGGCGUUUCUUGCUUCCUACCGGAGAUUAUGUCUCUUGUGUGCUUUGGAGCACCCUCUUCCACAUUUCCGGUACCGAUAUUGUCCGAUGUCUCGCAUUCCGAUUCCAGGCCUUUGGUCGUCCAGUGAAGAAUUCGAAAAAGUUUGAAGAGGGCAUUUUCUCGGAUCUACGAAACCUCAAGGCCGGGACUGACGCGACCCUGGAGGAGCCAAAGAGCGCGUUCCUGGACUUCUUGUACAAGAACAAUUGCAUUCGCACGCAAAAGAAGCAAAAGGUGUUCUUUUGGUACAGCGUACCUCACGAUCGCCUCUUCCUGGAUGCGUUGGAACGCGAUCUAAAGCGCGAGAAGAUGAACCAGGAGGCCACCACGGUCGCAGUCAGUGAACCGGCCCUGUCUUUCGAAUUCGACUCCUCUCAGUCUCUGUAUGAACAAUUGACCAAGUCACAACAAGCGCAUUCCUCCUCGUUUGCUGCCCAUGCAAGUACGACAUAUGGCCAGCCCAACUCCCCCGUGGUUCGGACCGUUGACGCAAUGCCUCCCCCGCAGAUGGCUCCCCCAGCGAUUCCUCUGAUUCAGGACGACACUGGGCACCCGAUGUACAGCCACCCGCAGAUGUCUCUAUCGAACAAUCUAGUCCAGAGUAUCAUUAAGCGUGAGCAGGAGUACGGGCCCAUUCAGUAUGAUCGCAACGGCAUGCCCAUUCCCCGGGUGCACCAGCGCCAUUCCUCCAUGCCGACUUUUUACGAGUACUCGCCAGCGCCUUCCUUUGUAUCUUCCCAGUACGAGGAUUACAGCAACCGUGGUCUGUCUUUUGAACCUGUCACCCCGCCGCAGCAUUCAACCGGGAUGGGAGCGGAACCGGCUUACAUCGCCAACGAGGAUACCGGUCUGUACACCGCGAUUCCAGACAUCGCCAACGGACCCGCCUAUCACCCCAUGAUGCAGCUACCGCCUUCUAACCUGGCGAAUGCUCAUUACCAGCCUGCGCCUCGGUCUUUUUCGUCUCACUCGUAUCCCGUCAUCGAGGGAUCCCCGACAUACAAGCAGCGCAGACGUAGGUCUUCGAUCCCGCCCAACAGCGGGAACGUCGCUUCCGGCACAACCCAUAUCCAGUCUACAACUCCGGUGCCCCAGUCAAUUUCGUACGCUGCUCAUCGUCCAAGUGAUUUGCGGCGCUCCGUCUCUUCCUCGGUGGCCCCAGUCGCAGAGGGGGAUGAGUCCAGCCACGAGCUUGCUCGUACUUACCCAAGCGCGAUGCUGCCCCAAAAGGAUCUUCUCCGAGAGAUGUCGCGCCACGGCACACCGCUACAAAACUUGGACCAAAGCAAUGGACAACAUCAAGGCUCAGUGGUGAACCAGUCAGAUGACUUGGCACCCCUACCAACCGGCGCUAACUUGGAAACCGCCGUUCAAAACACUACUUGUCGGUCCGAGCGCUCAGCGCCUGGUCCAACUCGCCGAGCCAGGAGUGCAACCAUGAUGGAGUUAGGACCUUAUCCACAAAAGUCUCACUCUUGCCCAAUCCCGUCAUGUGGCAGACUCUUCAAGAGAUUAGAGCAUCUCAAAAGGCAUCGUCGGAUCCACGAAGCGCAGCAGGAUGGCGAACCAAUCAUCCCAACUGACGAAGAUCUGGAAAACGACGAAAACGAUUUCGACUCCCCCAGAGAAGAUAUGUCUCCACCAGAGCCUGCUCACACUAUGAUCAACAUGUCAAAUAUGACGUCGAUGCCAGCUCCUAUGAGCAUGCCGUCCGCUAUGUCGGGCAUGGGUGCUCCCCACAUGAUGGCUCCUCAACUUCUUCGCCAACAUAUGUGA